GCUCGACCUCUAAUUCUUAAUCUGCAACGAGUCGCUAUAUCUCUCUACGGAGGAAUCGGCAUCUAUGCAGUGUUUCCAACAUGGAUGGUUUAUCCUCAGCGGCGAGCGUUAUCGCGGUCAUUCAGCUAACGGGAAGCCUCGUGGAGCUUUGUGGGGGCUAUAUUAAGCAGGUGAAACAUGCAAGAGACGAAAUUCUGACACUACAACGGGCAAUUGUAGGGCUCCAGGGGACACUCCAAGACUUGCAGAACCUCGUCCAAACUAACAACGGAAACACUCUACCUACCUCGUCACGACUAGUCGGCAAUAUCACGGAUUGCCUCUCUGACCUACGUGGCUUAGAAACGAGACUUGACCCGGGGAAGAGAAAGAAGCUGAUGAGAAAAGUGGGAUGGCGAGCCUUAAAGUGGCCUUUGAAACGCACCGAGGUAGAGGAAGUUAUCCAGAACCUCGAGAGAUAUAAAACUUCAUUCCUCUUGUCUCUACAAGUAGAUCAGAGUUCUCUGAUGGUCGGUAGGGCCCAGGACAUGGAUUUCGAAAAGUUAGAAGGUGUAAUGGAAGCAGCGUUUGAGUCAUUCUCUGACCGAGACGAAGUCCAAUGUCUCCAAGGCACUAGGACUGUGCUCCUUCAACAGAUAAUGGAUUGGGCUCUGCUUCCAUCUCGGAAGAGUAUUUUUUGGUUGAAAGGAAUGGCCGGAACAGGAAAAUCUACAAUAUCUCGGACGGUGGCGGAGUCGCUCAAGAACAUCAACCAUCUAGGUGCCAGCUUCUUCUUCAAGAGGGGUGAAGGAGACCGAGGGAACGCGAAGAAGUUUUUUCCAACAUUAAUACGGCAGCUAAUGCUCAGGAUUCCUGGGUUAAGGUCUGGUGUGCAAAUGGUACUUCAUGAUAACCCUGACAUCGCGUCAAAAUCACUCAGGGAGCAGUUUGAGAAACUACUCCUUCAGCCACUAGUCACUCUUGACCAACUAGGCCGACAACCUCAGACCGCUGUGAUAGUGAUUGAUGCUCUAGACGAAUGUGAACAUGAUCAAGAUAUCCGAGCUAUAAUCCGAUUACUUCCUUCUCUACAGAAGGCAAAUGGAGUUAGCAUCCGAAUCUUCGUGACUAGCAGGCCAGAACUUCCAAUCCACCUCGGCUUCUCGGAGAUUACAGGUCAUGAAUAUCAGGACCUGGCUUUACAUGAGAUACCUGAAGAAGUGACGGCACUCGACAUACAUUUAUUCCUACAAGACCGGUUCGUGAAGAUCAAACGGGAUAAAAAUAUCUCCGAGGACUGGCCCGGGGAUGAAGUUAUCCAGAAACUGGUCGAGAUGUCCGCUCCACUGUUCAUCUCUGCUGCCACCGUAUGCCGUUAUAUUGAAAGUUCAAAAAUGGAACCUAAAUUGCGCCUCGCAGAGCUCCUAAAGGACCAAGCCAAAUAUGUAUCAAGAAUGGACAAGACAUACCUGCCAAUUCUGACACGAUUACUCGAUGAUCAAGAGAGUGAUGAGUUCGAGGAGCAGCAGCUUCUGCAAGAGUUCCAGGCCAUAGUCGGCGUUAUUAUUCUCCUUGCUGUUCCACUGUCUAUAAACGCGCUAUCGCUGUUUCUUGGGAUAGGAGCAGACCAGAUCAGCAAUCGAUUAGAUACAUUCCGAUCGGUGUUAAGCAUUCCCAGCAGCCGAGAUCAGCCUGUCAGGAUUCUACAUUUAUCGUUUCGGGAUUUUUUGGUCCAGUCCAGAACCAAAUUCCUUGUGGGUGCGCCAAAAAAGCAUAAAGACAUUGCUAAGUGCUGUCUUAAAACUAUGCAGAGUCACCUACAGAAAGAUAUCUGCAAUCUAGAAAGCCCUGGAACGCGUAGGGCAGACAUCAACCCUCAGGAUAUUCGCCAGUACCUACCACCAGAAUUGCAAUAUUCUUGUCGCUACUGGAUACACCAUCUCAACGAGAGUCAGGUUUCAUCUUCUGAGAUAGAGGAUGUGCGAGUAUUCCUCCAGAAGCAUUUUCUGCACUGGGUGGAAGCAAUGUGCUUGCUAGGUCUUAUAUCAGAGGUGGUGGGUAUGCUUGAUCUCCUCCAUACGGAUAUACUAGGCAAUAAUGAUUCUUUAUUGGCUGAUUUUCUCCAUGAUGCAAAGCGCUUUGUUCUGAAGAAUUGCCAGGUUGCUGAUGAAGCACCACUUCAGAUUUAUUGUGCAGGAUUGGUGUUUGCACCCCAAACAGCAUUAAUUCGUUCAGAUUUCAGUGAAGACCUUCCAAGUUGGAUAUGCCAGUUGCCAAAAGUUAAUGAGAAGUGGGGUGCAGAAUUACAGACGCUCGAAGGCCAUUCAGACUCGGUUUGGUCAGUGGCCUUCUCGCCUGACGGUCGGUUACUGGCGUCCAGCUCGAUUGAUAAGACAGUGCGGCUCUGGGACCCGGUGACAGGCGUUCUACAACAGACGCUCGAAGGCCAUUCAGACUCGGUUCGGUCAGUGGCCUUCUCGCCUGACGGCCGGCUACUGGCGUCUGGCUCAAUUGAUAAGACAGUGCGGCUCUGGGACCCGGUGACAGGCGUUCUACAACAGACGCUCGAAGGCCAUUCAGACUCGGUUCGGUCAGUGGCCUUCUCGCCUGACGGCCGGCUACUGGCGUCCGGCUCAGGUGAUAAGACAGUGCGGCUCUGGGACCCGGUGACAGGCAUUCUACAACAGACGCUCGAAGGCCAUUCAAGCUGGGUUCGGUCAGUGGCCUUCUCGCCUGACGGCCGGCUACUGGCGUCCGGCUCAGGUGAUAAGACAGUGCGGCUCUGGGACCCGGUGACAGGCGUUCUACAACAGACGCUCGAAGGCCAUUCAGACUUGGUUUGGUCAGUGGCCUUCUCGCCCGACGGCCGGUUACUGGCGUCCGGCUCGAUUGAUAAGACAGUGCGGCUCUGGGACUCGGUGACAGGCGUUCUACAACAGACGCUCGAAGACCAUUCAAGCUGGGUUCAGUCAGUGGCCUUCUCGCCCAACGGCCGGCUACUGGCGUCCGGCUCAAGUGAUAAGACAGUGCGGCUCUGGGACCCGGCGACGGGCAGCCUGCAGCAGACCUUGAUUAUCAAGGGAACAGUCACUGAACUCCAAUUCUCCCAAGAUGGUUCAUAUAUCAGCACUAACCUGGGAUCGCUCAAUAUUCAAUCCAGGUGUGGUCAUAAUCUUUCCAGUUCCCCAAAAGUGCAUUCUGAUAUACUUAUUAAUGGCCCGGACUGGAUAUCUGUAAAUGGUAGAGAAGUAUUAUGGCUUCCUCCUGAGGCCAGGCCUUCAUGUUCAGCAAUCAAAGCAAAUACCCUUGCCCUGGGACAUGCGUCAGGUCGAGUUUCCUUUAUAGGAUUUCGGGUAUAAUAGUAUUGGUUAAUUCAAGUUCUCUUCUAUAUUUCUA